UGAGAUAUAAAAUCUUUAAUCUAGGGUGCGUUCCGUUUGGUUCAGUUUCAUGCAUGAUACACGCUGUGCGCUUUCCAGCAAGACUAAACAAGACAGUGGCUGCGUUCCGUUUCAACGCAUGAUGCAUUGUUCAUCCUUGUUUAACGUUUAACAACAAAGAUGAACAAUGCAUCAUGCGUAUUAACAUUUGUCUUGCUGGAAAGCACACGCUGAUACACGCAUGAUGCAUCUUUCAUCCUUGUUGGUCAAACGUUAAACGAGGAUGAAUAAUGCAUUAUGCGCAUCAUGCGUGAAACGGAACAUAGCCCUAUAUAACCUGAUAAAACGUUAGACCGGUUUAGACUCAUUGUCAGUUUGACUUGGUUUGACUGGUUCGACUUCAAGACUGUUUAAAACGCGUCUAUGUAAUAACGAAAAGUUAAGGAAAAUCGCGAGAAUGACCACGUCAAAGGAAUUAAGUCUGGCUAGAAAGAGUCUCAUGACAUCACUUGGUGAUAACGCAAAAGUGUAUUUCGAGAAGAUGAAGUUGUGGUUUCAAAUGAAGACUACAAAAGAAGAAUUUGAUUCUGAAGCACGUAAUCUCAUGACAGAGGAUCAAAUCCGUUUGCACAAUGAAUUCUUGCUGUGUCUUUUUAACAAAGUUCGUGGAUUAGCUGCCGUUGCGCCAAUUAAGAUAGAAAGAGACAAAGUUUCAAAGGAGAAAAGACUGAGACUGAAACGCAAAUACAAAACUGAUAAAUCGAAUUUUGAGCCAGUGGACAUGUAUGUGGAAGUAUUGGGUCAAGCUUCAUCGCCUGUUGGCGACGAGCCUAUAGGCGCCAAUCGCUCCAGUGCCCAAGAACUUGUAUUGCCAGAUCGCACUUUUGUAUUGGCUCGACUAAUGCUCGCAGCAUGGGAAAAUAACAUGGAUGGUGCUGAAGAGAAUACCGCACAUAUUGUUAUAGCUGCCACGCAAAUUUUCUUGAAAAAUGUACUCACUGCAAUCUUCACACGUAGAAAAGGGUAUACUGUUCGGGAUGGUACUUUCAUUCAUAAUAUAGGAGAACCAGUACCUAGCUCAUGGAAAAGAAACUCCAUAUACAUAAAUCCAUUCAAUUCCGAACCAACAGAAAUAAUGGAGCCUUAUGGCCAAGUUCCUACAUCAAAACCAAAUUUUGAGGAAGCUGAACAGUCUACUGCUUUUUCGUACGCUUGCUCCACGCAAGUCACUCGACCACCGUUAAAACCAGUAAGCACAGCCGAUUUACAAUAUGCAUUAAAGAUUUAUAAAAAUCUCGUUAGUAAUCACACCAUAUAUGCUACCAAUAUGGAACGAUUAUAUAUAUAUGCUACUCAUCCAACGUGGGAAGAUUUAGAGGCAAAGAAAUUAUUGUGUCAACCAUCAACAUGAAAAAUUCUCAAUAUGGUCUUAAUAUUAUAUAUGCUUGUAAUUUAGUCUUAUUACAAUAGGAUUAUUAUUAAAAUAGAGCAUUUUUAAUUA